CAGCAUUUCUACCCUAUUUCUACUCUCGUCUUUCACCCUUUUCUUCCAACAACCACAACAACAACUGCAUCAAAACAAAAAUCCGAAAAAAGAAAAAGAAAUGGAAGAAAUCAUGCGAUCUUCUUCUCCUUCACCUCAUCAAUUCCUCUCUAUCUGCCAAGAAACCGUCCCUCCUCUCCAACAGACGCUCCAAUUCAUCGUCCAGAGCCGUCCGGAAUGGUGGGUUUACGCCAUCUUCUGGCAGAAGUCCAGGGACCAAGAUGGACGGCUGGUAUUGGCCUGGGGAGAUGGGCAUUUCCGUGGGACAAAGGAAGUAGAGAAGCUGAAGAUGAAUCAAACCCAUUCGGAGAGGAAGAAGGUGUUGAAAGGGAUUCAGGAAAUGAUCUGCGACAGCCAUCAAGGGAUGGAGAAUUCCAUCGACGGCGAUGUUACAGAUGCUGAGUGGUUUUACGUUGUGUCACUGACGAGAUCCUUCUCGGCCGGAGACGGCGUCCCUGGCCUGGCCUUCAGCUCUGGCUCGUCCCUUUGGCUAGCCGGGAGCCGGGAGCUUCAGAUCUACAACUGCGAUCGGACGAGGGAAGCUCAGAUUCACGGGAUCGAGACGCUUGUGUGUAUUCCUAUGGAGAAUGGAGUGCUUGAAUUGGGAUCAUCGGAUUUGAUACAGGAGAAUUGGGGUCUGGUACAGCAGGCCAAGACUCUGUUUGGGUCGGGUCUUGACUCGGUCACGAAGCUGAGUCAAGCUCCGAGUCGGGAUCUUACUUUUGCAGAUAUAAGGACAGUUUCUGGAGUAGAUGAGAAGCAUGAGAAGCAGCAGCAGCAGCAGAGGGAGAUGAAGAAAGAAGGGGCGACAACGGGGAUGACGGGUCAAUCGUCGUCCGUUGAUUCGGAGCAUUCCGAUUCGGAAGGCCCACCCACUGUCGAGAAGCGUAGGCCGAAGAAAAGGGGGAGGAAGCCUGGGAACGGUCGGGAUAUGCCGCUCAACCACGUGGAAGCGGAGCGGCAACGGCGGGAGAAGCUCAACCAUCGGUUCUACGCCCUGCGAGCUGUCGUCCCCAACGUCUCCCGAAUGGACAAGGCAUCUCUACUCGCAGACGCGGUCGCGUACAUCAACGAGCUCAAAUCGAAAGUGGAAGAACUACAGUCCGAGCUGAACAAGGACCCCAAGAAGGUGAAGAAAGAGUUAGUAGAUCUCGUCGAACACGGCCCCACAACCGACGGUGACGGUAGCGGAAGCCCCUCGAAGCAUGGGGUCAUGGAGAUAGAGGUGAAGAUCAUUGGAUCGGAUGCGAUGAUCAGGAUACAAUCGAAGAAUCUGAACCAUCCAGCCGCGAGGAUGAUGGACGUGCUACGUGAUCUGGAGCUGCAAGUACACCAUGCGAGUGUGUCGAGUGUAAAGGAGCUGAUGCUGCAGGACAUUGUGGUGAGGCUCCCUGAAGGGCUGCAGAGUGAGGAGUGUUUGAAAGCUGCCCUGUUUCAGAAAUUGGAGAAGGUGUAGUCUACUCGCACUUUCCUGUAACUUCAAUAAGCUGAUGUGGAAAAAAAAAAAAAAACAAA